UACACGUUCGCCGUUCACCAAAGAAAGAUGGCGCGUUACGCAGAGGAUGUGUACUACGAAUUCGCUGUUAAAUUAACUCACGACGCCGCUCAAAUUCUCAAGACGGCCAUCAACGGUUUGAAGAAAGUCGAUGAAAAACUGGGUAACUGGGAUCUGGUUACCGAGUACGAUCGCAAGAUAGAGGAUGUUAUCAUUGGCAAUCUGAGGUCGAAGUUUCCUAAUCACAGGUUUAUAGCCGAAGAAUCAACUGGAAAAGAACUUCCAGAGUUAACGAACGAUCCUACAUGGAUCAUCGAUCCAAUAGACGGCACCACAAACUUCAUUCACGGCUUUCCACAUACUUGUGUGGUGAUUGGUCUCGCGAUUCAGAAGGAAAUGGUGAUUGGUAUCGUUUACAAUCCUGUUCUGGAGCAGCUGUUCACCGCGAGGAAAGGACGAGGCGCGUUUUUGAAUGGAAAACCCAUCAAGGUCUCUGAAGUUCAAGGUCUAUCGAAAGCUCUGGUAUGCAUGGAAGCUGGGUUCAUGAAAGUGGAUUACUUGAGAGAGAAAACCAUUGAGAGACAACAGUCGAUCGUUCGUGAAGUUCAGGGGAUUCGCACGCUUGGAGUGGCAGCGUUGACUUUAUGUUACGUCGCCUUAGGAAUCGUGGAAGCCUACUACAUAGAGGGUCCGGGAAUCUCGACAUGGGACAUUGCCGCAGCAUCGUUAAUUAUCACGGAAGCCGGUGGUGUGGUACUUGACCGCGUAACAGGAGAGAAAAUAGAUAUCAUGAAACCGCGUGCAGUCGGGGCGUGCAACGAUAAAAUUGCGAGGGAAAUCGUCAGAAUUAUUCACGAGGCUGACCAAAGAGUGGAAAAUAAAAACAAAUGUAACAAAGCGAUAAAAUAAACGACCAGCUCCUAUCCAAGACUUUUGUUUUCCUUAGAACUUCCAUAUCGAAAGAAGUAUAGUUUGGCCGACUGGGUCCACGGCCA